AUGAAUAAUAGUAGUUUUACAAAUAUUUUACAAUUGAAAAAUUCAUGUCUUCACCAAGUGAAAAAAUCAACAACUCCCUCUAUCAAACCAACUUUUACCAUCAUUGUUGAAAUGGGAUCAAAGAUAUCAAGUAACAACAGCAGCAGUCCACCACUUUUGAAACAAUCGGCUGGAAUUCGUAAAUCUAAGAUCUGUCUAACCAUCAAACUAUUGAAUCGAACUGCUCAGGAACAGGAGGAAGAUGUAAAACUGUGUUGGAUCGCCAGUUGGAAGAGCUCAGCCAUCACCCGAUGGCGAUCCACUGCUCAACCAUCUGCAGAGUGGCGUUGUUUUGUGUCGACUUCUCAAUGCACUGAUACCCCAUUGUAUCAAAAAAAUCAAUAA